AUGCCCUCAUGGGGAAGACCACCGGGGGCACGAACGGGGAGAAAUACUAGGGGACGCGCGGCUUGGGAGGAGACACGGCUGGAGGAGGUGGAUAGUGAAGAGGAUGUAUACGGGCGGGAGCUGGUGCGGAGCGGUCGAUACAGGCAGGAGCAUGGAGGGCGAGGGCCGCGGAGGCGACCUGUGGAUUAUGAGGACUUGACGGAUGAAUCUGAAUCAGUUGAGGGAGGAGAAUACGAUCUAUACGACCAUGGGGAUAGCACGGUGGCCUAUGCGAUGCAGUUGGCCAUGCGGGACAAGGAAGAUCAAUUGGUGGACACAGCGCUCGAGCGGAUUCGCCGUGCUCAAGCUCUGGGAAAGAAAAACGUCCGGUUGUCAAAACGCGAACUGGAGGCCUUGGAGCGCAAGCGCCAGCAAACGGACAGUACAAGCAGAAGCCGGCGCCCGUCCGCCACUUCUGUCAAUGUGACGUCGCGUCCAUCAUCUCGACGGAGCGCAGUUGUUGCACCAGACCAGCUGCCUGGCGCAUAUCCGACCUUUGCGCCUGAUGCACACAGCACCUGGGCUCGAGGGACGGCUAAUAGCCGGCCGUCCAGCUCAUCUUCCACUCGUCCCCGGACCCCAACAACACAAUCUCUUCGGCCCCAGCAGUCCAAUUCACCUCUUCGACCUCCCUACCCACCAUACACUCCCGAGCGCUUUACCCCUAAUGGCCGACCACAGUCGAUGCAACAAGCGCCUGUUUUCCAACGGCCACUGCCAGACGAUCCUCAAUGGGCCCCACCCUACUACAAUACCAUGCAGAUGAGCCCAUACGGGGAACCCGCACCAUACCAACCGCAGGUUCCCACCGAUCUCCGAGUUGGACAGCAGAAUCGAAUGAGUUAUCCAUCAAGUCUUCCAUACCCGGCUUAUCAGUCUCAAUCUCCGGGCAAACGUCCACCAGGCACAGCACCGACUCCGGGCGACCUAGCUGCAGCUCCAACUCUAGCUCCAUCCAAGUUGGGGUCGGAGGAAUCCAGCGAAGAAGCGGAGAGCAGCGAGGAUGAAGUGCAAAUUGUCAAGGUGGCCAAGGUGGCUGAGCGCAAGGCUCCGCCAGUUACCGUUGCGCAGAGACGGCCGGUCACUGGAACCACUCGUAAACGGACCAGUCGAUGA